CAAAUAGUUCUCCUAACCGACAGCUGAAACCUGGAAUCAUUUCUGCCCAAAAUAUCUACAGCUUUGGCUUUGGAAAGUUUUAUCUCACUCCAGGGAUGCAGCUCACAUAUCCAGGAUCUCUUCCAGUAAUUGGAGAAAAGGAAGUGAUUCAAGCUGAUGAUGAGCCUACCUUCUCUUUCUUCAGUGGCCCCUACAUGGUCAUGACCAACCUAGUGUGGAACAGGAGCAGAGUCACAGUGAAGGAAUUGAACCCCCCUACCCACCCUCAUUGUAGCAGACUGAGAUUGGCUGAUUUAUUGAUUGCUGAGCAGGAGCACAGCAGCAACCUGCGGCACCCUAACCUGCUGCAGCUGAUGGCUGUGUGUUUGUCCCAGGACCUGAAGAAAAUUCGCCUGGUGUAUGAGCGUAUCACAGUCGGCACCCUGUUCAGUGUCCUCCACGAACGAAGGUCCCAGUUCCCAGUGUUGCACAUGGAAGUGAUUGUGCACUUACUGCUCCAGAUCGCCGAUGCCUUGAUCUACCUCCAUUCCCGAGGCUUUGUCCAUCGCUCCCUUAGCUCCUAUGCUGUCCACAUUGUCUCUGCAGGACAAGCAAGACUGACCAACCUGGAAUACAUGAUGGAAAGCCAGGACAGUGGCACACACAGGGACGUGACGCGAGUGCCCCUCCCCCCCCAGCUCUACAACUGGGCUGCUCCAGAAGUGAUCCUACAGAAGGCGGCCACUGUGAAGUCAGACAUCUACAGCUUUUCCAUGAUCAUACAAGAAAUUUUAACAGACAACAUACCCUGGAAUGGCUUGGAUGGCUCAGUUAUUAAAGAAACCAUAGCCUUGGGAAGUUAUUUAGAAGCGGAUGUCAGGCUUCCGGAACCUUACUAUGAUAUUGUUAAGUCAGGUAUCCACGCCAAGCAGAAGCAUCGAACAAUGAACCUACAAGAUAUUCGCUAUAUUCUGAAGAAUGACUUAAAGGAUUUUCUUGGAGCUCAGAAAAGUCAGCCAACUGAGAGCCCUAGAAUGCAGAGCUAUGAAGCCCAUCCUGAUGUUAACUCCUGUCUAGGACUAUCUUCAGAAUAUCAAAAGGACAUUCCAGAUGUGGACAUCAAAGAGCUAAAGGAAAUGGGUAGUCAACCCCAUUCACCAGCAGAUCACUCUGUUCCCAUUGGAAAAACAGUACUGACUCCUCCAGUCCUGGAUUCAAGUCUGUCAGUCCAGGAACCUGAGAAUCCAAAUGUUCCUUCUCCUCCUGCUUCCUGUUUGGCAGAAGAGGUCAAGAGCCCCACUGCAAGUCAGAGCAGCCUCUGCAGCUUUGAGAUCAAUGAAAUCUACUCAGGCUGCUUCAACUUGGGAACUGUCAAAGAGGAAGAGUACCCAGGGACUGCUUCAUCAUCUGAGGGGGAUAAGCCAGACCAGGUAGAUGAACUUCCAUCUCUGGAAGAAGAGCUGGAUAAGAUGGAGAGAGAAUUGCAUUGUUUUUGUGAGGAGGACAAGAGCUUUUCAGAAGUUGACACAGACCUUUCCUUUGGGGAUGGCGACUGGCAAAGUGAUCCCCGCAGUUCACUCAGCCUGACUGAACCAACCAGAGAAGACAAGAGCAAAACGAACAGUUGGUCCAAGACUGAUGAGGUUGUCAGUAAGAUUGUGCUCAAUCUAAAGAUUUCACAAGUAAUGAUGCAACAGAAUGCUGAGUGGCUGGGGAAGCUUGAGCAGGAAAUAGAUGAACUUGAGUUGGCACAGGAGGAGCUGGACAAUCAGGGCAGGAGUUUGAGGGAUGUUGCAUUAAAGUUUGCAAAUGCCAAGUAUCCGUUAGCUGUGGGCCCUCCAUCUUUGACUUAUGUUCCUCCUGUUAUGCAAUUACCAGAGCUUAGGCAGUCAGAAAAUGGUGGACAUUUUGGCAAAAAGCCUGAGCAACUAAUCUGUGGCUGGAAGCCUUUCACACAAGUUUCUGAAGAAAACAGAGAAGACCAGUCAGAGACAAACAAUCAGCUGCCGACUGUUCGUGGUCCUGGGAAGCAGAACACAGGUGAACAGUCACCAUCCACUGAGGAAGCCAAGGAGAGUUUGGAGAGAAAUAAAAACCAAAAUAGCAGGAGGAUCAGUAUGGAAUCUGGGUCUUCUGAAAUCUAUAAUACAAAGUCAAGAAAUAAUGAAGAUGAUGGAGAGGCAGACUCAAAAUGGAAACUGGCAGUAAAGGAAAUGGCAGAGAAAGCAGUUUCCGGACAGCUCCUAGUACCUCCUUGGAGCCCUCAGAGCAGUGUGCCUUUUGAGAGUAAGAUUGAAAAUGAGACCACUCAUUUGCCACGGCCCCCAGUCCGAGGUCCUGAGAGCACACACUGGCCGCACAUUGUAGAAUAUCAAAGGGAAAAUGAUGAGCCCAAAGGUAGUAUAAAGUUUGGCACAGUGGACACCAGUGACUGUGGCAGGAACAAGCACAGCGGACAGACAGGCCUCAGCAGCUUCACCAGUAUUAUAAACCCAUUCUUCAGAAAAUACGAGCCGCCAGAGCAUAGUGAAGUCUCUCAAGCAAGUUGUGACACAACUGUGGGUACUGAGAAAUUUUACAGCACCUCAAGUCCCAUAGAAGAGGACUUUGAAAGAAUCCAAAAUCCUUUGGCUAAACCUCAAGGCUAUGUUGAAGAAAAGUUUCAAAUAAGAGAAUUCUUUGGAAAGACUGCUGAGAGUUUGACUGAGCCUCAGUUCCAAGCUAAGCAAAGUGCUGAAGAUAAGCAAGAAGAGGCCUUAGAGGAGACACUGAAGGAACUGAAAGAGAAAGACAUAUCACUGACAGACAUUCAAGACCUGUCGAGUAUCUCCUGUGAACAAGACAGCUGUUUCAAGGAAGCCUCAUGCAGAACACCCAGAUUAAAGCAUGCACCUACUAGUGUCAGCACUCCGCUCAGCCCAGAGUCAGUUUCUUCAGAUGCUAGUCACUAUGAAGACUGCCUCCGCAGUACCACAUUUCAGGUUAAAAGAGGAUCUGCAUUUUGUCGGAGUGGUCAAGAAUCUAUGAGAAUUUUGUCUGCCGAAUUUAUAACUGUCCGAGAGAGAGCAAAGAGCCUGGAGUCUCUCCUGGCUUCUUCUAGGCCUCUGCCUGCAAAACCGGUUGAUCCCAAAAAAUGGUCUGCGAUUAGUGGAGUUGGUUCUUCUAACAUUUCUAUGCCAUCUGUGACAUCAGCCCAUGCUAUCCAGAGGAAGCACCUACCCAGAGUGGAAACCACCUCUCAGCAUCAUGUCAAUGAGCUUCCACCGCCAGCUCUGGAGCUCCUUGAUGAAAUCGAGCAUCUGAAGCAACAGCAGAUUUCACCCAUGGUGUCACAGGAGAACACAGCACAUGGUCUGAGCGCCACUGAAAAUGAUAAAGAGAAUUUGGAAGAACAAGAAACCAACAGUAGUAAAGACAGCAGUUUUCUUUCCACCAAAGAAAUUCAGGAUCUGGAAGACACAGAGAGAGCUCAUUCUUCUCUUGAUGAGGACCUGGACAGAUUGCUGCAGUCACCUGAGGAGAACAUGGCACUGCUGGACCCUUCCAAGGGCUCUACAAGGGAGAAAGAACCCAAAGAUCAAGAUGUUGUUGAUCAGAAGGAAAAAAGGAAAGAAAGCAUCAGUCUGGAGAGAAGGAAAUCAGACAGCGUCUUAGGGGCUUUGGAAGAAGAUGAACUAAAGCCCUGUUUCCGGAAGCAACUGAGUUGGUCUGAACCUUCCAGGAUAAUUGUGCUGGAUCAGAGCGACUUGUCGGAGUGAUUGGAACUGGAUCAGAGGCAGUUCAGCCUGAGUUCAGGCGUUGUGGCUUGUGGCCUCUGUUCUUCUUUUGUCUGCAUCAGUUGCCUCGAGGACAGUGGUUCCAGUUGUGCAGCUCACACUUUGUUCUGCUGCUGCCAUGGGCACAAUAAUGUGGCCCUCUCACGUGUAGCUUAAUCCUUUGUUUUGU